AUGGCCUGCGCGCGUGCAGCCCCGAUUCGGGAUCCCGUUCGCUCGUCAACCGCAGAAAUUACGCGCGCUUUCAACGUGGAUCUCCAGAGUGGACGGAACGUCAUCGAGAUCAAAAAUAUCUCCAGUCAAAUCGACGCCGAGUCCCCCCGCAUUCACGGCCUCGGUCAACAUGCGCGCGUGUUCAACAUCCCCUGCGCGAGAGCCCUCACAUGGGUCCCCGGGAACACGGUCAGCAGGAACGCCGAGGGCGUGAAGAAGCUCGCCUCCAAGAAGAAAGAGAUUGACAUGCUCAACGACGCUACCAGUAACAUCAGGUGUGGGGAGGAUAAGGAGGCGCACCUCGCCUUCAUGGAUGGUCUGGUCCAGCGAAGACGGGACGCCGUGAAUGCCAUUCUACAGCUCGCAGAACAGAUCGAUUUGUGGUUGCUCGAGAACACGUACAAGGGCGAGACCGCCGUCGUCAUUACCGCUGUCGUCUUUGCGAGUCGCGAGUGCAAAAUGGAGUUCCAGUUGACGUAUCUCGUCAGUGGCGUGUCCUGGAAGCCCUCUUACGACCUUCAUGCAAAGACCUUGGAAGGCGAGACGUCCCCCGACGCCUCCCUGGUUUACUGCGCCAACAUCAGACAAAGCACGGGCGAAGACUGCUCAGACACCGUCCUCACUCUGAGUACUGCUACCUCCCAGGCCGGGAAAAGCCUCUCAGUGCCUUCCAUCGACCCUUACAGGCUCAUCGCGAUCCACUCCGAAACAGGCCCGUUCGUCGGCAGCGGGGGAUUCAUGUUUGGAGCUGCACUUGACCUGCCUCAGAUGGGGGCUGCCCAUGCUCUGGCUCGGACUAUCGCCGCUGCCCCUGCUCAGUCUCAAUCUCGCGCUCUCGCCGGCGCUGCUCGAAGAGCCGUAGCACCUCCCCCCAGGACGACUUGGACGACGAAGCGCGGGCAGGCCACGGCUGACGCGGACGCGACAGCCGGCACGGUGCUCGACCGGAGCCCGCUCUCGCUCGCUUACCGCGUCGAAGGCAAGGCGCUGUUCCCGAGCGACGGGCUCGCGCACAGGGUCGUGAUCGCGACGCUCGAAUUCAAGGCCGCGCUCAACUACGUGUGCGUCCCGCGCGAGACAGCGGCGGUGUUCAUCGAGGGCCGGGUCGAGAACACGAGCGAGUACGAGCUGCUCGCUGGGCCCGUGAGCGUCUUCAUGGACGACGGGUUCGUCACCAAGACCUCUCUGGGCCAGAGCUUCAGCUGCGUUCUCGGGUGGACACGCGCUCCACGUGUCGUACCGCGCCCGCGCACCGCGCUCGAGCCCCCGCACGCGUUCGCGGAGCGGUCGAAGACGACGACGCGCACGGUCACGACAACGAUCGCCAACGGGCACGCGUUCGACGUGGACGGGCUCGUCGUCCGCGACGCGCUCCCGCUCGGACACGAGCCCGCGAAGAUCCACGUCAGCCUCCGCGAGCCGGCGGGCCUCGCGCGCGCGCACGACGGGGAGGACGUCGCGGUCGAGGCCGCGGGCGACGCGAAGGACGCGAAGGUGCGGUGGGCGAAGGGGGAGGAUGGGAAGAGCGCGGAGAAGGAGGGACUGUACGAGUGGGUGUGUGGGAUCCCGGCGGGGAAGAAGGCGUUGCUGGAGGUGGUCUGCGACUUCAAGAUGCCGGCGGCGUUGCGCUGGCGGGAGGCUUCGGCGCGUUGA